UUUAUGUUGUAACAGCUGAUGUCUGUCAUUUAUAAUUUAAUUACUUAUAAGUUUUCCAUUUCAUUAAAUACUCAUAAUGUGAUAUAAAAAACGAAGCAGCAAGACUCAGUCAAUAUCAAAAAUCAUCAUGGCUUCCAUUCCUCCAAUUGUACGAUUAAUACGUUCUUUUCAAUGCACUUGUGGAAGUAUUAGAGAUUGCUUAUAUCGUUAUUCCGUAUUGAUCUUGACUUUUAUGUUCUAUACUUCAUAUCAUCUUAGCAGAAAACCAAUAAGUAUUGUCAAGGGUGAAUUACACAGAAAUUGUUCAAAUAUAUCUGAAGGAUACAACAUAUAUUUUGGUUCACAUUCGGGAAUCCAAUUAUUACACCAAGCCCCAGAGUACAGUCAUAAUAACUCAUAUCGAACAAGUAAUGACACUUGGUGUGACUGGGCUCCUUUUGACAAACCAAACUACAAAUCGUUGUAUGGUGCUCUUGAUUAUGCAUUUCUUUUCACUUAUGCUAUUGCCAUGUUUAUCAGCGGAUAUGUUGGUGAGCGAAUGCCAUUGCGUUACUUUCUUGGAUUUGGGAUGAUAUUUUGUGGAAUUUUCACGUCUUUGUUUGGAUUUGGACAUUUCUGGAAUAUACAUGCAUUAUGGUUUUAUAUAUUAGUCCAGGUUCUCAAUGGAUUUUUUCAAACAACUGGAUGGCCUGGUGUGGUAGCGGCAGUUGGUAAAUGGUUUGGAAAAGGAAGGAGAGGAUUUAUCAUGGGCGUUUGGAACUCUCAUACCUCAGUAGGAAAUAUUUUAGGCUCUAUAAUCGCUGCAAAAUAUGUACAAACUGAGUGGGCAUGGUCAUUUAUAGUGCCGGGAAUUAUCAUUGGUUCUAUGGGAAUAUUAUGCCUUCUUACUCUCGUGGAACACCCAGAGGAUGUUGGAUGUUCACCUCCUGUACAUGAAAUUGAUGAACCUUCGACCUCAAGAUCAUUUUAUCAACCUAUUCCUACAUCAGAACAAGAUGAUGCUGAUCAGCAAUACAUUGUUAAUGGUUUUGAAGAUGCUUCAGUAUUAAGAAGAUCGUCUACAGAAAACUUAAUAGGCGAUCCAAAUCUGAACCCAGAAAGCAAACCAAGAGAAGAAAAAGCUGUAGGAAUUCUCACUGCAGUUCUUAUUCCUGGUGUAAUUGAAUUCUCACUGUGUUUGUUAUUUGCAAAGUUGGUCAGUUACACAUUCUUAUUUUGGCUUCCAUUAUAUAUACAAAAUAACUCCAACUUGGAUGUAAAACAAUCUGGACUUAUGAGUACAUUGUUUGAUAUUGGUGGAAUAGUUGGAGGAAUAACGGCAGGAGUUAUAUCUGAUGCUGCUGGAGAUCGUGCUGUCACAUGCGGAUUUAUGCUGAUCAUAGGCGCUGUUAUGAUGUUUCUUUAUAAUGCAUUUGGUAAUGUUAGUAAUACAAUAAAUAUUGUUUUACUUCUUAUUACCGGUGCAUUUGUCAAUGGACCUUAUGCUCUCAUCACCACUGCUGUAUCUGCUGAUUUAGGAACACAUUCAGUUUUAGAGGGAAAUUCAAAAGCCCUGGCUACUGUUACUGCUAUAAUAGAUGGAACAGGAUCUAUUGGUGCUGCUAUUGGUCCUUUAUUAACAGGAAUCAUUUCACCACAUGGUUGGAAUAAAGUAUUUUAUAUGUUAAUUGCAUCCAACAUAGCUGCUUGCUUGCUGCUGACAAGGCUAAUCAUAAAAGAAAUAAGUGGAUGGAGUUGUUGUAAAAGAACAUCACCCAGAAUUGAAGAAAAUCAUAUUCCCAAAGUUUAAUUGGAAGUCUGAAGGAUCACUUUUUGCAGAAGUUGCUGUAAAGGAAUAGCAAGACUACGAAUAAAACCUUUUCUAGUCAAAAGUCUGCUUUUGCCAAAAUCCCUAAUCAUUGUAAAUUUUAAUAAUGAUAAACUGUGCAUUAAAAUGUGUUAGUUGUUUGUGAAACCAGCUAUCCACCUGAGUUUGCUUGGUACGCAGAGCUCAGUUUUUGACUUGGUAAAUUUUGUUUGAAUGUAUACUGUGAUCAAUCAUGUACUGUAUUUUCCUAGUCUGUGUUAUUAUCAGUGAUAGCUGCAUGUUGACCGCAACAUCAAUUUAUCAAUGAUAGCUGCAUGUCGACCGCAACAUCAAUGUAUGAUUCAAUAAUCUUAUGACUCUGACUAAUUUGUACCAUUACACCAUAUUUCUCUAUGGUAUGAAAGGUUAUGUGUGCAGUGCCAAAAUGCAAUUGAAAUGUUUUUUCUUUCGCCUGUGUAAUGUAAUCAGGUUUGAAAAAUCACGAGAUUGUUCUCUCGAACUGCUGUGAACGCUUCUGACCCAUUUUUUCAAUUUAUUUUCCUUAAAAAGAAUCAUGUUUGCUUUGGUGUUAGUGUAAUUGCUUUAAAUAUAUUUAUAACUAGGAAGGUAUUAUUUAAGUUUUAUAGUGGACAGCAAUUAUAAUAAAAUAUAUAUUGUACUGUA